AGAGAGAGAGAGAGAGAGAGAGAGAGAGCAACAAUCUAAUACUAUGGAGCCUGAAGGAAACUUUGUUACCACGAGAAUAGUUAUUCUGUGGAGACUGUUUCUGAUUCGGCUUCUGACAUUGCAGCUUACAUUCGCGUUAGCACCAACCAAUGCCUUGCCCGGGUGUCCGCAACGCUGCGGCGACGUCGAGAUCCCGUAUCCGUUCGGCAUCGGCCCCAGCUGCUCGAGGGAGGGCUUCACACUCAACUGCACCUUCAGCGACGGCACCUACAAGCCCUUCCUGAACAACAUCGAGUUCUUGAACAUUUCCUUCUUGUUGGGCCAAGCCCGCAUCGCCAACGGGGUGUCGAGCCAAUGCUACAACUCCAAGAACCACAGCCUGACGUAUAACAACUGGCAGAUGAACCUCGCGGCGUCGUCGCCGUACCGGUUCUCCAGCACCCUCAACAAGUUUACGACCGUCGGCUGCGAUACGCUGGCCUACAUCGCAAUCAGCGACACGGCGCAUAGAUACCGGAGCGGGUGCGUCUCCGUGUGUGAGGACAAGGAGAGCUUGACCAACGGCUCGUGCUCGGGCAUCGGCUGCUGCCAGACCGCCAUCCCGAAGGGGAUAGGAUACUACGCCGUGCGGUUCGACGACAACUUCAAUAGCUCCGACACGUACUGGUUCAGCCCGUGCGGCUAUGCCGUGCUGGUGGAGGAAGGCGCCUUCGAGUUCAGCACCUCCUACGUCACGACGGGUGCGCUGCGCGGCAGAAAGCUGCCGCUGGUGCUCGACUGGGCUGUGAGAAACAAGACGUGCCGGCAGGCCCGGCGAAACACGACCUCCUACGCCUGCGUCAGCGACAACAGCGAGUGCGUCGACUCCGGCAACGGCCCCGGCUAUCUAUGCAAUUGCUCAAAGGGCUAUCAAGGCAAUCCUUAUUUACCACAUGGGUGCCGAGAUAUUGAUGAGUGUGCAAACAAGAAUGGAUCUUCUUGCUCUGGAGUUUGCCACAAUACACAAGGUGGAUACUGGUGUUCAUGCCCACCUGGUACACAUGGGAACCCAUAUAAUGGAACCUGCUAUCAGAACCAGAACCAGAAACUUCCACUAGCAGUGAAGCUGGCUACUGGCAUUGGCAUCAGCCUCCUCCUUAUUCUAAUUAUCUUCUUAUGUAUUCAUAUCAUAUGUGAAAAGAGGAAGCUUAUAAAAGUUAAAGAGAAGAACUUCCAAGAACAUGGAGGUAAGCUAUUAUUGGAAGAAAUCGGAAAGCAGCAGGGCCUUGGAUUCAAGAUAUUUACAGAAGAAGAGCUCGAACAGGCGACAAACAAGUUUCACAGAAACAACAUCCUAGGGCAUGGAGGAUACGGUACAGUGUACAAGGGAAUUCUCAAAGACAAUCGUGUUGUAGCCAUAAAGAAAGCUAAGAUUAUUGGCGAAAGACAAAAGAAAGAAUUCGGAAAGGAGAUGCUUAUUCUUUCCCAGAUCAACCAUAAAAACAUAGUUAAGCUCCUCGGAUGUUGUUUGCAGGUGGAAGUUCCCAUUUUGGUGUAUGAAUAUGUUUCCAAUGGGACGCUAUUCCAGUUGAUCCAUCGCAAUAGCCAUGGGAUUCAUUUAUCUUUGGAGGCACGUCUGCGAAUAGCUCUCGAGUCUGCAGAAGCACUUGCGUACUUGCAUUCGUUGGCAUCCCCUCCGAUAAUUCAUGGAGAUAUCAAGUCCUCCAACAUCCUUUUGGAUGAUCAUUUUACGGCAAAGGUCUCCGAUUUUGGAGCUUCUAUGCUUGCUCCUAGGGAUGAAGCUCAGUUUGUCACAUUGGUGCAAGGGACUUGUGGUUAUUUAGACCCGGAAUACCUACAAACAUAUCAGUUGACUACUAAAAGUGAUGUUUAUAGUUUCGGUGUGGUUCUUUUGGAGCUCAUCACCGGUAAGAAAGCACUAUAUUUUGAAGGAAACGAAGAAGAGACGAACCUUUCGUCAAACUUCUUAUCUGCUAUGAAGGAAAACCGCUUUGGUGAACUUCUUGAUGACCGGAUCAAGAACGAUGAAGAGAUGGAAAGGAUCAGCGAAAUUGCUCAACUAGCGAAAGCUUGCUUAAAUGUCAAGGGAGAAGAGAGGCCCCUGAUGAAGGAAGUAGCGGAGGAGCUCGACAGAUUGAGAAAGAUGAAGCAACAUCCCUGGGAUCAACAUAGUAACCCCACAGAGAUAGAGAGUUUGCUUAGCAAUCCCUCGAGCUAUUGUGGGGCAGAAAUCACCAGCCAUUACAGUUUAGAGAAGAAAGCUGUGCUAAAUAUAGAAUCUGGACGUUGAUCCUAUUUGGUCAAAUGCAUGCCUAGCGACAAACUCCUAUGUUCCUUUCAUUAUUAUAUUUAUGUAAAGUUUUAAGUGUAUUAGGGUAAAGUGUAUGAAUUAUCCUAUAGAUCCAUGUAAUUUGAACUUAGACAUAACAUCUUUGAACUUUUAGAUGUAAUGCAGAAAAAGCAACUUUCAGAUGCUACGCUAUUAGCAUUAUUGCA